AUGACGUCGCUGAAGGGCGUCGGAAUCCCGGCGAAGCUCCUGCAUGAGGCGACGGGGCAUGUGGUGACGGUGGAAAUGAAGACGGGGGAGGUGUUCCGGGGUGACCUGUUUAGCUGCGAAGACAACUGGAAUUGCCAGAUCAAGAACUGCACCGUCUCCGGACGCGACGGACGUGUCGGCCACCUCGAGCACGUCUACAUUCGAGGGUCCAAGGUGCGGCUCAUCGUCGUGCCCGACAUGCUGAAAAACGCCCCCAUGUUCAAGCGCAUCGACCCUAAGAUGAAGGACAAGCUCGGACCGAUGGGGCUGGGCGGCCGGGGCACUGCGAUCUCGCAACGUCUCAAGGAGAAGGCGGGCGGCCGGGGCCGCUGA